AUGAUUUUCGAGACUCUCGUGAAAUUCUUGCCAUACUUGAGCUUCAUAGUCGGUGCUUUCCUAUGGUCUAAAACUGGACGCAAGCCCACCGACGACGCGAUCAUCAUCUUCAUAAUCGGUGCGCCCGGCGCCGGAAAAGGCACGCAGAGCGCCUUCCUGGUUAAGCGCUUUGGCUUGCAACACCUCUCGUACGGGGACUUGAUGCGUGGUCUGCGUAAGAGCGGGGACCCCGGGGUAUCUGGACUGAAGGCCAAGCCUAACACUGGAAACCCCAGCAUCCCUGACGACAUGGACGCCUGGUUGCUAUGGCGGGAGAUUCGCGACGGGGGACUCGAAGGUAAAGAGUUCUGGCUGGUGGAUGGCUUCCCUCGACGACCGGAGCAGAUUGAAGAAUGGCUUCAUUUACUACCGCCUGCGGUCUUGACGUUGUACCUGAAGUGCCCUGAGGAUGUCUCCAAACAGCGUGUUGCAUCCCGAGGCGAGGAGGCUGGGGUGGAGGCGAGACCGGAGGAUUUGGAUCCAGAAACUGCGAUGCACCGGAUUGAAGAGUUCUACAACAAUGCGGACUUUGUGGUAGCCAAGCUUGAAGAGAAGGGCAUGAAGGUCUUUGAAGUGGACACGAAUCGUAGUCCAGAGGAUGUCCAGAAAGAGCUGGAGAAGAUCAUGGAACCUUUGAUCAAGUUGAUUUUGUCGAUUCAACGGUCUUAA